UUUUUAUGAACAAAAUUGCACAUUUUUUUUCGAUUUUCAAAAUGAAAUCGAAUAAAUUUUUCAAAAUGAAAUUUAUAUUAAUCGUUUUAUUUGGUUUAUCUUUACCAUCAUUUUCGAUAAACAAAAGUUCGAAUCCAUUUCAAUCGAUUUGUGAAAAUUUUGAUUCAAACAGCCCUGGAAAAUGGAAUUUAUCUCGAUUUCAAUUGACCAAUGCUAUUGGUGCUCAUCAUUUGCCAUUUGAAGAUCAUACUAGUCAUAGUAAAGAAGGAGGAUUUGUUAUGAUUCAAUCGUCAAGUUAUGAAAUGUUCAACUGGGGCUCAUUAAAAGCCAAAAAUCCAUUCAUUGUUCAACAAGCGACUAAAAUUUGUUUUGGUUUCGCAUAUUUACUUUAUGGAGAACAAAAUUCCUCGAUUAGACUUAAUAUAAUAUCUACGGACGAUAAAAAGACAACUGUAUAUCAUUCAUAUGAUGAAAUUGCUAUUAAAUGGCAUGAAGCAUUGGUCGAUAUAACAAUCGAUGAAAAUACGGCUAUGUUCGAAAUAUAUACUAAUGUUCUCCAAGGUACUGUUGCAAUCGAUGACAUCGAAGUAACUAUGGGAGAAUGUACACAAAAAAACGAAUGUGAUUUUGAAUCCGAAUCAGCAUGCAUGUUUAAACCUGUUUCAAACCAACUUCCAUCAUGGAAAAUAUUUGAAGGUUAUGAUGUAAAUAUCAAAGAUCAUACUACCGAUACUGGAUUGGGACAUUUUUAUGGAAUUAACGUUAUUCAUCACAAUACGAAUACAAUCACAAGUAUGAUAACAACAAAAACCACAUUCAAAGAUGAUUUAUGUUUUCGAUUUUCAUACUACAUAAUGGGAAAUGGAAAUAUUAGCUUAUAUUAUCAAGCUUUCGAUGAAAAUCAUUUAAUAAUAGAAAAAGAUUCAUGGAAAAUAACUGGUGCAAAUAAUUUGAAUGGACAAGUCGGUUGGUUGACACAUCAAGCCACAAUAUUUAGUCCUGUAGAAGGAUAUUUCAGCAUUCAAAUGGGCGUUGUAAUUCCACCAAACCAUAUGGAUAAUCAAAACAUUGGCAUUUUUGUUGAUGAUAUUCAAAUAAUGUCAGGAAUAUGUAAAAGCAAUGAAUGUGAUUUCGAAAGUGAUGAUGCUUGUUCAUUGGAAAUAUUACGAAAAAAAUCCGAAUCAAAAAUACUAAGCGAUGAAGAAAAAAUUGUUUUGGCAAAAAUAUCAAAUCUUACCUUAGUCGCAUAUAGUUAUUUAACUAAUUUCAUUGAUAGUGAAUGGCAUGUCUAUACACCACUUAUGAAUGGUCAAUCCAUUGAUUAUGAUAAUACAAUUGGUACAUCGGAAGGCAGAUAUUUAUUGUUUGUUUCACAUCAUAAUGUUGAACGAGGCAUUAUUCUUACCGAUCGUUAUGAUAUAGAUGAUAAUAAAGAUGAAAAUUAUUGUUUAUCUCUGGCCGUUGUUAAACCAACUGACAACUCAUACAUUGAAAUAUAUCAAGCUGAAUCAAUGUCACCUUUAGCAAAAAAAUUAUACGGUACAAAUAUAACGAUUACCGAUUGGCGAACAUUACAGAUACAAACACGAAAAAUGAAAGCAUCAUCAAAGGAUAUGUACUUUUUUAUUAUAGCUACUGCAGCGAAAAGUGAUGAUACAGAACAAUUUAGUUAUGUUGCAAUUGAUGACUAUAGUUUUGAACGUAAAGAAUGUGAUAAUCCUGACAAUCCAUUACCAUAUCCUACUACAAUCCCGACAACUACAUCACCAAUAUCGACAACACCAUUACAUGGGUUUCAUGAUGGUCGAUUUUAUUGUGAUCCAGAUUGGUUCAUUUCGGUUGAAAAAGUCUGUGACCAUCAUAUUGAUUGUCGAAAUCAUUUAGAUGAAUUAGAAUGCGGUACCUGUCAUAUAAUGCCAGGUAAUAUUUGUGGCUAUGAUAUGGUUGCGGAAAAUGUAUUUUUUUUAUGGCGAUUAACAAAAGAUUCAUAUCAUGGACCAAAGGAUCACUUAGAAGAUUCAUUAACGGCUUUCGGUGAUUUAACAAAGGCAUACGAAAACUAUGCUAAACUGAUAUCUCCAUUGAUUCAUGAAUCUUUUACAAGUUGUCAUUAUUCAUUUUUUUAUCUAUUCAACAGUAAUUGGAAUGAUACAAAUGAUCGAUUCUAUCUCGAAAUGCAAAUCCAAGAUGAAGAUCCAGUGAUAUUGUGGCAAAGUGGAAUGUCACCAUCAACAGCAUACAAAAAGAAUGAAUGGCAAAUGAUUGACUUUUUUCUCGGAAGAAUACCUCAUCCAUUUCGAUUGAUAUUGAAAGCUACGCCAUUGGGUCCAGAAUUGAAAAUUGAUACCUAUAGUGAAUCUUAUCAUUCGGUUCAUUCAUUCGAAAUGAAAAACUGUGAUCCUCCUAAACCAAUUAAAUCGGAUGAAACUUGUCAUAGAUUUCUUUGCGAAAACAAUGUUUGCAUUGAUAAAGAAAAUGUUUGUGAUUUCGAAGAUGAUUGCGGUGAUGGUUCGGAUGAAAAUGAACAAAAUUGUGAUUAUACCAAUCAAAUGUCAUCAUUCCAAAAGGAUAGUGAUUGGGGACGUUGGGGUGAUAUUUAUCGUAUUAAUUGGCGUUUAGAGAAUGUCGAAUCAUUUCAAAAUUACAGACAUGGACCUGGUUAUGAUCAUACAUUACGAUAUUCAUCUGGUGGUCGUAUUUUAUUCACCGGUACUGAUAAUUAUGAACCAAAAAUGGCCAUCGUUGACGGUCCACCGAUACAAAUUUCAAAAAAAUGUAUAAUACGAAUGUUUGUACUGAAAAAUACAGUGAAUUCCACAUUGUUUCUAAAACUAUGGGAUCUUGAAACGAAUGAAAUUUAUUUGUUAAAUACAUUACGUGAAGAAAGACUAUAUUUUGAUCGGUUUUAUUAUAUGUUUCCUGAAGGACGAUGGAAUGGAACAUAUAAGAUUCUAAUUGAAGCCGAAUUAAGACCUUAUAAGAAUAAUUUCCUUAAACCUUACAUUGCUAUCGAUGAUAUAAGUUUCUCUAAUGAUUGCCAUAUUUUGUCGACAGAGCCAAGAAAUUUGACAACAAUUGCACCGGAUGAUUUUUGUGAUGGAAUGUGGUGUGAAAAUGAGAAACAGAAACGUAUCUGUAUACCGGAAAGUGAAAUCUGUGAUUUUGUUCCACAAUGUCAUGAUGGAUCGGAUGAAGCUCAAUGUGGUGAUUGUAAUUUUAAUCAAGGAACAUCUUGUCGUUGGGAAAAUCAAGUUGAAGCUGAUGGUUAUAAUGGACAUUGGAAUCUAAUCGAAGUGGCAUCAAAUGCACCGGAUCCAUUACCCAAUCGUGAUGGCCAAAAUAAUCCAAUGGGAGGUUAUAUGGGAUUCAUUUUUGAUUUUCACGCGUUGAUAGAGAUACAAACCGAAUUUCAGAGUCCAUUCAUCAAUGCUCAUACAAAUGAACAUUGUAAAUUAACAUUUCAACUAAUCAGCAGUUUAGAAGAAAUAUUUCAAAUAUUUCUCAAUGACCAUUUUAUUUAUUCAAUUUAUACUAAGACUCGAAAUGAAUGGAAAAAUUAUGUAAUCAAUAUUGGUCAAAGAUCAUUUAAUUUCAAUAUAAUCAUUGGAAUUAGAUCAUUUCGAUCACAAAAUGACAAACGAAAGUCAAAAGAAUUUAUUGCCAUUGAUACUAUUCAAUUGCAUAAUUGUACAGGAUCAAAAAAUGAUAGCAAACCUGAAUCUAUUGAAAAAUUGAAUUGUGAUUUUGAAACCGGUCUUUGCGGUUGGAUUAUAGCCAAUGAUGAUGAUGAUGAUAAUCAACAACAAUCUCUAAGUUGGUUUCGUACAAAUCGUCCGGAUAUUGAACCAGGUGAAGAUCAUACCAGUCGUAUACGACCAUUGCCCAAAAAACAUGGCAUAUGGCUAACUGAUUCUAUUAAAUUAGCAGACAAUAUUCCACGUCGAACAUCAAUAUUGAAAACAGCGUCAAAGAUUAAAGUCAAAAAUGCCAAUGCUGCUGAUAUCUAUUGUUUUUCAUUUUGGUAUUAUUUUUUUGGCAUAGAAUCUGGUUUAUUAUCGGUUAUUUUUAGGCAAAGCAAUGAAAAUUUUAAAAUAUCAAGAAUGCUUUGGCAACGAAUACGGCCAACAGUACGUAAUUGGCAACAAGCAUGGAUUGAAGUAAAUUCAUUAAAUGAAGAUUUUGAUUUGCUCAUCAAAUCUGAACUUAAUGCCAAUACGAUUUCCGGUAUUGAUGAUAUUUGGAUUACACGUGGAAAAUGUCCACUACCAUCCAAAGAAUUUUGUGAUUUUGAAAUCAAUGAAUGUGAUUGGAAACAAUUGGCUGGUCAUCUACAACGUAGUCAUAAUGGACAAAAUAAUGAUCAUACAACCGGUACAACUACAGGACAUUAUUUAGCCCAACCUACAAUGGGUGAUUCAAAUUUGAUGAUAUCAUCGGUUAUAAAAUCAUUGGAAUCAUUACCAUUCUAUCCUGAAAAUGAUACAGCUGUAUUGAAUCCAUUACGAAGAUAUGAAUUUUGUUUAAAUUUAUAUUAUUACUUUUUGACACUUUCGGAAUUGAAUUUGUUAGAUAUGGAACAACAAUCGACGGCCAAAGAUGUAAAAUUAUCAAUACAAAUACAAGAAAAUAAUUAUCGAUCAACAUUGAAAAAUGUAAGCCUUGAUGAAAUAAUAUCAAUUAAUCAACAAAAUAAAUGGACAUUGAUGAGUGUUAGUUUUACGGCAACAAAACAAGCAUCAAUUAUAAUGCAGAUUCAACAGUCAAUGGAUCAAGAUACAAUGAUAUUGAUUGAUGAUGUUCGAUUCAUUCCACAUUUUUGUGAUUCACUUCAUGGUAAUUGUGAUUUUGAAACUGACAUGUGUGGUUGGUAUAAUGGAAUAGAUCUGAAUCAAAAUACCAACGAUAAUCAAUUAAUCUAUUGGAUUCGUGUACAGCCGAAAAAUCAUUUCGUAAGUAAAUCAGGUUGUUCAUUUGAUCAUACACUUGGUCGACCGGAUGGAAAUUAUCUAGCACUUGUAUUGGAUAUGUAUCGACAAUCAUCAUCAACUGUCGAAACAAUAUUACGUGGUCCGAUUAUAAAUCGUCCAAAAAAUCAAGAUAUUGCCUGCUUUCGAAUGUUUUACUUUGCCAAUUGUGAAGAUCAAAAUGUGACGAAACCAAUGACGUUACGAGUAUUGGAUCUUCAUAAAAAUGGUGCCAUUUCACAUCAAUUCGAUGUGUAUGCUCAAACACAUGAACCAAUCGGUUGGAUUGAAUUUGCUCGAGAAUUUCAUCAUCUGCCGAUGGUAUAUUCGUUUGAAAUUGUUACCAAAUAUAACAGUAAAAUUACUAGCGAUUUGGGCAUCGAUGAUAUUAAAAUCGAAAUGGAUCGUUGUUGGAAGAACUCAGAUUCAUCGCCAAUGCCACCACCGUCAACACCGUUACCCGAUAGUGAACGUUUUAGUGAUUGUGAUUUUGAACAAGAUUGUCAUUGGAAAUUUGAUCCAAAAAUCUGGACAAUUACAUCGCAUGUACAAAGAAAUGAUCAAUAUGCACCACCAAUCGAUCAUACGUUGAAGGAUAGUGCAGGACAUUAUAUUAUGUUUAUCAAUGAUACGAAUCAUUUGGAUGAAAUCAAUCAAUAUCUAGUCGGACCACAAAUGAAUUAUGAUAGAGAACGUUGUUUAUCAUUCUGGUACUAUGCAGAUGGUGGUUCACCAUUCGAUGUUUUUCGUCUCGAUCUUUCCUACAGUCAUGGCCAUAUAAAUAAUUUGGGAAAAAAUUGGAUCAAUCAAUUUUCGAAAUUUCGUUUUCUUCGUACACAAUCAUGGCGUCAACAUCGUGUCACCAUUCCUUUUACCGAAACAAAUGAAUUUGGUGAAAAAAUAUUGAUACGAAUGAAUUUUAGCCUAUCGAGUGAUAUUUCUUCAUCGAAAACGGCAUUCAUUUCGUUUGCCAUCGAUGAUAUCCGAAUGCGACCAGGUCGUUGUCAGCAUCAAAAUGAUUAUAGUUAUACAUUUACCAAUGGACUUGAUGGCCUAAUGUUGGAACAGAUACAGCCUCUUAGUGAAAUGGAUACUUUUUUCAUUAAUUAUCCUACAAUCGAAGCACACGAUGAAACUGAUAAAUUUCCAUUGAAUAUUCCACAUGCAGAUCAUACAACCUAUUCAGUUACAGAUGGAUAUUAUAUUGGUUUUAUGAACAAAAAAAUUAAAACUAUUCUAAUGGAUUAUAUUGAUCGUUUGUCAAUCGAAAAUGUUCCGGCCGAUGUUUCACAACAAUCAUGCGUAAGAUUCGCCUAUCAAUUGACCGGAAAUGUUUCACUUAAAGUUUAUUGGUCGGCUGGUGAUUAUUUUGAUGAUGAAAAUGAUCGUCAUAAUGAUCAUCUAUUGUGGGCAACAAAUUCAGAAAAAUUAUGGUGGACUGUUGUCGAAUUUGAUAAACAACUUGAUUUUAAACAUCGAAUCGUAUUUGAAAUAAUAAAACCAACAAGUGAUCGAUCGUAUUUGGCUAUGGAUGAUCUAAUCGUGUUGAAUCGUCCAUGUCAACGACCAAUCGAUUGUGAUUUCAAUCAAGAUGAUUAUUGUAGCUAUACAGAUUAUAACACUAAAAGUGGCCAAGCAUUUCGUGUGUAUGCAACAUGGACGUCAGAUUUUCAUCCAGAUUUUCCCGGACCCCGUCUUGAUCAUAGCCAAAUCGAAGGAAAUGGUUUCCUGAUGUUAUCUGCUUGGCGCUGGUCACCAGAUUCAUCUACCGAUACAAGAGAAAAACCUGCACAAAUUAUUUCCGGUGCUCAACGUAUCGAACGUGGCCGUAUUUAUUGUCUAGAAAUGUGGGCCUGGAUCAAUGAUCCAAAAGCAUAUAUCCAAAUUGAAUUGUUACGAUACAGUCUUGGACAUUAUGCGAACACUUUUAGUCUGGGCAGAAUACAAGAAGUAAAACAUGACCGAUGGACACCAUAUUAUUUUACAAUCGAUCGAGUAAUGUUAGAAGGCGAAGUCGAUGAAAUACAGAUUCUAAUCGAAGGUAUCAUUAUUACUAAUCCAAAAACAAUGAUCGCUUUGGAUGAUAUUAGUUUACAUCAAGAUCGAUGUAAAAAUGAAAGUAUCAAAUGUUUGAAUGGAAAAGUAAUCAUGCCCGAACAACAAUGCGAUUUCCGUAAAGAUUGUCCAUCCGGUUGGGAUGAAAUUGGUUGCGGUGAAGAAUGUAAUUUCGAAAAAGAUGAUUGUGGUUGGAAAGAUACAGGAUUUCGUGAUAAAGAUCAUUGGUUCCGUACAUCUGUACCGGAAAUGCAAGCUUGGUCACCAUCACUUGCUCCAAAAUUCGAUGCUGAUGGCAAUAUAAAAGGUCAUUAUAUAAUGAUGCGCCGUUGGAUUGGUGGACAAAAUAGUCAAUCUGGCCACGCAGAGAUGGCACUCAAUGCUCGAAAGAUUUCGUUGUAUUUUAAACAUUCAUCAGUAAAUUGUCUGGUAGAAUUUGAUUAUUUCGCUCAAGCAUCAAGUGCAUUCUUUCUCAAAGUUCGUUUCGGUGAUGACAUCGAUGAUAUGAAUACGUUCUAUAUAAUUGCACAUACCAACGGUUCGACACAUGGUUCAUGGACACAUGCAUAUAGUUUUAUUGGUCAACAAUGGACGCCAUUCAUUGUUGAAUUCGAAGCUUUCGAUCAAUCCACGCAAUCAGUUAUUGCUCUCGACAAUAUUCGUUUUAUUGACUGCGCAUUCGAAAAACCACUUAGUCCUGGAGAGAAUUGUUAUGGUAACCAAGUCUUAUGCAAUCAAACAAGGAUUUGUAUUCGACCGGAUUCAAUUUGUGAUGGUAUCGAUGAUUGUGGUGGUGAUGGAGAAGAUGAAUCUGUUAAACAUUGCGAUCCAAGUUUGUGGCGUCGAUGUUCAUUUGAAAGUUGGUCGCAAUGUCGUCUUACUUUGGAUAAUCAUAAUGAAAAUCAUGCCCAUUGGCAGAUUGUAACAGGUGCCAAAUUCGAAGAUAAUCGAUUGAAUCCCGGUUAUGAGCCGUUGAUUGAUAAUUCGAGACGUUCUCGAUCAAGUCCAUAUGCUUUGUUAAUACCGGGUAGUAGUAAGGAUCAAAAUUCUCCUCAGUAUCGAUACAGAUAUGCAUCCAUUUAUACAACAUGGCUGUCAUCCGAAGUAUUGAAUAUUACGAAACCUUGUCAGAUACGUUUCUUUUAUUAUUGGCAUACUGACGUUGGUCGUAUAAUAGAUGCAAAUGAUUUAAGUCUAGAAGUUUUUGUUCAUUAUCAAGAUGAUGAUAAUGAUGUAUCCUCGGAUCAAUCGAAAAUUCUAUGGUCAGUAACGGCAACAGAUGUUUUGGAUCAACAACGAUGGUAUAAAGCGGUUGUUGAAUAUCCUGAUCCCAACGACAAUGAUUGGAUUGAUCAUUGGAAUAAUAAUCAUCUACAUAAUCUAACAAUGAAACCAUUUCAAUUUGUUUUGCGUGGUUGGAUACAUGAAGAUGAACAUUCACGAUUAGCAAUCGAUGAUCUUAGCUAUGGUUUUAAUUGUAUAGCAAUCGAUAGCAAUCGACCGACUACAACAUCAUCCACUAAUCAACCAACCGGAUCAACUGAUCGACCUAUUAUACAUCAUCAUAAUAAAUCAAAAGCAACAGGAAUAUUUGUCGUCGUCAUUUUUAUUUCAGUAAUAAUCAUUGUGAUUGUUGUGUUUGCCAGACGUCAAUAUUAUAAUCGUAAUAACAAUGAUUUGACCAGACAAUUAACUGUAUCAUUAAAACAUCUGAACGAAUCGAAUCCGAUCGAAGAUGCGGAUGAAGCCAUCGAACAACAUUCAGAACCGAGUGCGUCAUCACCACCAGCCAUGCUUAUUAAUGAUGAUGAUAAUCAACAAAAUUUGGAUGAAAAAACCGCAUCAAUAACUAAUUUACCAUCACCAUUUAUGUAGUCUGUUUUGUUUUGUUUUUUUUGUGCAUCAAAUUAAUAUCUAUUAUUUAUGAAUAAAAAUUUUUAAUUUUCAAUUCUAUGUCCAAGUCUAAUUCAAUGUAACCACAAACA